GCAUUAUUUCUUUUGAAAAUAAAAUUUUGCACCAUGAAUGCUCGAUCAAAACUUUUAACAUUUCCGGAAACAAAAAAAACUCUGGGCGAAUCGUAUUUGAGAAAAAAAAAUGGAACAUUUUCAGAGGAACAUUUUCAUCAGAAGCCGGUCCUGAGUUUUAAAUCUCCACAAACCUUGUUUGCCUGGAAUUGCUUGACCCGGUUUUGUAUGAUUGCCAAUGAUCGUCAAUGGUAUCAAGUGGGCAUGUGCUACCUGUAUCAAGGGUCACCGUGCCUCCCAUUGCAAUCACGAAGAUCGACCCUUGAUCGAAGUGAAAAAGAAAGGGCGGCCAGCAACACAAUGCAAACGUUGCCGGGAAUUAAGGACAGUACGCCAACUUCAUGUGCGUUGCGAUUGUAACAACGAAACAGAACGUAGUAGUAAUUUACGAUCACGGAAGAAAGCUCGUAAUGAUCGCGAAACCAAAUCCUCGAAGAAGUCAACGACCGAGCCAUUCAAUUCCAAGGAGCUUUUACGCAGUAUUGCGCCUAAACCCAAAGUUCCACUACGGGACCCAUCAUUUAUUCCACUCAAUACGCAUAUUCAGAUACCGUCGUCAUUAUCGUGCUGUCCAUCCAAUGCAUCCACAGCCAACUCAUCAUCAUUGCAUUUUUCAGAAACUUCUUCUCCUUGCUCCGAACCUUUUACAUCUAUACAGUCGCCACCCAUUAUGAAUUUACAACCAAGCAUCUCACCAGUCUCCACUUGCUGUUCAAAACAACCGUCCACCGAGACGCUGUCAACGCCUGUUACGCCCACCUCGAUCGUCAGUGCAGCAGCAACAACCAUUCCUGUUAGACAAAACGCGGGAGCUCAUCACCAUCCCACGCCGGAAUCCUUUGAUGCAUCAACCCCUUGCGAAAGUCCGACGGUGGAACGAGUAGCGCAAGGAGCGUCUUGUUGUUCCACGGAGAAAGUCACCUCAUCUGGUGAACGAAUCCGGGUUGUCACUUGUCGCUGUGGCGACUCAUGUACGUGUGUCGGUUGCGAUGCGCAUCCAUCGCGGGCAAUGAAAUCCAAAGUCGAUCCAUAUGCCGGAUUUGCCAUUGAAGAAUAUAACCCACGCCGGCGAUUGUCUAUUGCAGCAAUUUGUGCACCGUCCGAUGCGCCAACUCCGAAACUGGCUCCAGGAGAAGGCCGUCCGACCUCCCUUUUGGCAGAGGAUGGUUCAUUACUGUGUGGAUGUGGGUGUUCUCAGUCUUUUGAUGCGUGCUCCAAUUGUUUUACACAGCUUUGUGACGAUUAUUAUGCUGAUUCCUUGAUGAGUCUCAGUCGCUAGAAAUUCCUCCCAUAUUGUAUUAAUAUUUUUUUUUUGUGCCGAAAUCUUGUAAAUAGAAUCCAUGAUGUAAGCUUGGCUCGUCUGCUCCUCAUCUUGUUUGUUUUCCUAAAGUUUCAUGAGAGAGACGCUACAUCCUUUUACAGAAACUACAACAAAAACCGUAUGAAUCAGUGUAAACUGAGGAUGGUAGUGGCAACAUCAGGCGUGGUGACCAGAAGAGACAUCGUCGAUGGAGUGCUUGUUUCAUCGUUGGGAUGGUAUUCCCGCCAAGAUUGUCUUUUACAGUCUAUCCAG